AUGUACGUAUAUAUUUAUAAAUAAGCCAAAGAAAUAUAUUCUGUUACAAAACAAACAAAUAAGAAUACUACAUUAUAAAAAUAUUACUCUUUGUAAAAAUCUAUGGUAUUGAUAUAAUUAUAAAAUGGCAGCACCAGAGGCAAUGCAAGUUAGUUCAUUGCCCUUACCACCAUUGCAAUAUAUCAACUUAUAUACAGAUGAAAAUGUUCGUCGUGGAAGAGCACCCAAGCCUCCACCUCCAAUUCAUGAUACUUAUUCAAUGUUUGGCAAUGUAUUUAAUGCCGAUGAUAGUAUUAUCAGACCCUUAGAAGCUCAAGGGAUCAAAAGAUUAUAUCCUCAACACUUUGAUCGACGACGUGAAUUAAAAAAACUUAAUCAUUCUUUACUAGUAAACUUUUUAGAUUUAAUAGAUUUAUUGGUGCAAUGUCCUGAUAGUCCAAGACGUGCUGAAAAAGUAGAAGAUUUAAGUUUAUUAUUUAUACAUAUUCAUCAUCUCUUAAAUGAAUUUAGACCACAUCAGGCAAGAGAAACAUUAAGAGUUAUGAUGGAAUUACAACGUAGACAACGUAUAGAAACGGCAUUAAGAUUUCAAAAGCACCUUGAGAAGGUUCAACAGAUACUACAGCAUGCUUUACAAAUGCUUCCAGAUACCUCUGAACUAGAUUCCAAGCUUGCAAUUAAUAUUGAUGCAAUGGAAUCCAUUGAUACUUUAGGUGCCGAGCAACAAAAUAUGGAUACAUGUAGUCAAAGUGAUCGUAUUAUGUGUAAAACGAUAGAUGAUAUGAUAGCAUCAAACAAUUUAUUUUAAGAUAUAAAUAUAAUGUUAAUCCUUAAAAGCAUCUGUAUUAUAUUAAAUAUUCGUAUAAAAUCCUACUUUAUACAUAGUGAUUAAAUAUGUUUUCUUUUAUAAA